UAGUUCCAGCAGCUUUGUUAGGGGAGGUCCCCCGCCCCCCGCGGGGCCGGGUGCUGCGCCCAGUGGGGCGCACCCCUGACGGUGGGGUGCUACGGGCCGGCCCGCCUCCUCCCCGCGCCCCCUCCUCGUGGUGCCGCCUGCAGUUUCCUCCACAAUGCUGUUAUGCUAAUCAGGUGACAUCACCGCCCGCCCCGGCUCCCGAUUAAAUUACAAACCGGCAGCCACCGGGAGGAGGUGUGUGCAGCGGGGAGCUGGGGCCCGCGACGCGGGGCGUGCUUAGGAUUGGCCAUAUUUAAAACACUGUUGGGGUUUUUUUUUUUUUUUUUUUUUUUGGUAGGUAGGACUGUUUCUCCCUCCUCCUCUUCCUCCUCCUCUUCUCUCUUCGGCAAUUAUUUCAAGCUUCUAGGCCUGGUCCACCCAAAGGAAGAGAGGGCCCCAAGGAGCGGUGGGGACUCCACGCCCGGGCUUUAGGUGGACUCUAUCAGAUCACCCAGCACCCAUUUCCGACUGGAAUGCGGCUCGUUUGAGGUCCAGCCCUUUUGGCCCGGACGGAAGGCGGGCCUCACGGAAGCUGCUGCGAGUUGGAUGGGGGUAGGAGGGACCCGAGCGGGAUUUCCAGUGUGCAGCCCGCCAGGGCGUCAAGCCGGGCAUAAUGGAAUUGCAGAGGACAUCCAGCAUCUCGGGGCCGCUGUCGCCGGCCUACACGGGGCAGGUGCCUUACAACUACAACCAGUUGGAAGGGAGAUUCAAGCAGCUCCAAGAUGAGCGUGAAGCCGUGCAGAAGAAGACCUUCACCAAGUGGGUCAACUCUCACCUUGCCCGAGUGUCCUGUCGGAUCACAGACCUGUACACUGACCUUCGAGAUGGACGGAUGCUCAUCAAGCUGCUGGAAGUACUCUCUGGAGAGAGGCUGCCUAAACCCACCAAGGGCAGAAUGCGCAUCCACUGUCUGGAGAAUGUGGACAAGGCCCUUCAGUUCCUGAAGGAACAGAGAGUCCAUCUUGAGAACAUGGGGUCCCACGACAUUGUGGAUGGGAACCACCGGCUGACCCUUGGCCUCAUUUGGACCAUCAUCCUGCGCUUCCAGAUCCAAGAUAUCAGUGUGGAAACUGAAGAUAAUAAAGAGAAAAAGUCUGCCAAGGAUGCAUUGCUGUUGUGGUGCCAGAUGAAGACAGCUGGAUACCCCAAUGUCAACAUUCACAAUUUUACCACUAGCUGGAGAGAUGGUAUGGCGUUUAAUGCACUGAUACACAAACACCGGCCUGACCUGAUAGAUUUUGAUAAACUGAAGAAAUCCAAUGCACACUACAAUCUUCAGAAUGCAUUUAACCUGGCAGAGCAGCACCUUGGCCUCACUAAACUGUUGGAUCCUGAAGACAUCAGCGUGGACCACCCAGAUGAGAAGUCCAUUAUCACUUACGUGGUGACUUAUUACCACUACUUCUCUAAGAUGAAGGCCUUGGCUGUUGAAGGAAAACGAAUUGGAAAGGUGCUUGACAAUGCUAUUGAAACAGAAAAAAUGAUUGAAAAGUAUGAAUCACUUGCCUCUGACCUUUUGGAAUGGAUUGAACAAACCAUCAUUAUUCUGAACAAUCGCAAAUUCGCCAAUUCUCUGGUCGGGGUUCAACAGCAGCUUCAGGCAUUCAACACAUACCGCACUGUGGAGAAACCACCCAAAUUUACUGAGAAGGGGAACUUGGAAGUGCUGCUUUUCACUAUUCAAAGCAAGAUGAGGGCCAAUAAUCAGAAGGUCUACAUGCCCCGGGAGGGCAAGCUCAUCUCUGAUAUCAACAAGGCCUGGGAAAGACUGGAAAAAGCCGAACAUGAGAGAGAACUGGCCCUGCGGAAUGAGCUCAUAAGACAAGAGAAACUGGAACAGCUCGCCCGCAGAUUCGACCGCAAGGCAGCUAUGAGGGAGACUUGGCUAAGUGAAAACCAGCGGCUGGUGUCUCAGGACAACUUUGGAUUUGACCUUCCUGCAGUUGAAGCCGCUACAAAAAAGCACGAGGCCAUUGAAACAGACAUUGCUGCAUAUGAGGAACGUGUGCAGGCCGUGGUAGCUGUGGCCAGGGAGCUUGAGGCAGAGAACUACCAUGACAUCAAGCGCAUCACCGCGAGGAAGGACAAUGUCAUCCGGCUCUGGGAGUACCUGCUGGAACUGCUCAGAGCCCGGAGACAGCGUCUUGAGAUGAACUUAGGCUUGCAAAAAAUAUUCCAGGAAAUGCUCUACAUUAUGGACUGGAUGGAUGAAAUGAAGGUGCUAUUAUUAUCUCAAGACUAUGGCAAACACUUGCUUGGUGUGGAGGACCUGUUGCAGAAGCAUGCCCUUGUUGAAGCAGACAUUGGAAUCCAGGCAGAGCGUGUUAGGGGUGUCAAUGCCUCUGCCCAGAAAUUUGCAACAGAUGGGGAAGGCUACAAGCCCUGUGACCCUCAAGUGAUUCGAGACCGCGUGGCCCACAUGGAGUUCUGCUAUCAAGAGCUUUGCCAGCUAGCAGCUGAGCGCCGGGCCCGCCUGGAAGAGUCCCGCCGUCUCUGGAAGUUCUUCUGGGAGAUGGCAGAAGAGGAAGGCUGGAUCAGGGAGAAGGAGAAGAUCUUGUCUUCUGAUGAUUAUGGGAAAGACCUAACCAGCGUCAUGCGCCUGCUCAGCAAGCACCGGGCGUUUGAAGACGAGAUGAGUGGCCGCAGCGGCCACUUCGAGCAGGCUAUCAAGGAAGGUGAAGACAUGAUUGCGGAGGAGCACUUUGGAUCAGAAAAGAUCCGUGAGAGGAUCAUUUACAUCCGGGAACAAUGGGCCAACCUGGAACAGCUGUCAGCCAUUCGGAAGAAGCGGCUAGAGGAGGCCUCGCUGCUACAUCAGUUCCAGGCAGAUGCCGAUGACAUUGAUGCCUGGAUGCUGGACAUCCUCAAGAUAGUGUCCAGCAACGAUGUGGGCCAUGACGAGUACUCCACCCAGUCUCUGGUGAAAAAACACAAGGAUGUGGCUGAAGAGAUCACCAAUUACAGGCCCACAAUCGACACGCUGCAUGAGCAAGCCAGCGCUCUCCCCCAGGCUCACGCAGAGUCUCCCGAUGUGAGGGGACGGCUGGCAGGAAUUGAAGAGCGCUACAAGGAAGUGGCAGAGCUCACGCGGCUGAGGAAACAGGCGCUGCAGGACACAUUGGCCCUGUACAAGAUGUUCAGUGAGGCUGAUGCCUGUGAGCUGUGGAUUGAUGAGAAGGAGCAGUGGCUCAAUAAUAUGCAGAUCCCAGAGAAACUAGAGGACCUAGAAGUCAUCCAGCACAGAUUUGAGAGCCUCGAACCAGAAAUGAACAACCAGGCUUCCCGGGUUGCAGUUGUAAACCAGAUUGCACGUCAGCUGAUGCACAGCGGCCAUCCCAGUGAGAAGGAAAUCAAAGCCCAACAGGACAAGCUCAACACAAGGUGGAGUCAGUUCAGAGAACUGGUUGACAGGAAGAAGGAUGCUCUUCUGUCUGCCCUGAGUAUCCAGAACUACCAUCUUGAGUGCAAUGAAACCAAAUCUUGGAUUCGAGAAAAGACCAAAGUUAUUGAAUCUACCCAGGACCUAGGCAAUGACCUGGCUGGAGUCAUGGCCCUGCAGCGGAAGCUGACCGGCAUGGAGCGAGACUUAGUGGCCAUCGAGGCAAAGCUGAGUGACCUGCAGAAGGAGGCAGAGAAGCUCGAGUCUGAGCACCCCGACCAGGCUCAGGCAAUCCUGUCUCGGCUGGCCGAGAUCAGUGACGUGUGGGAGGAGAUGAAGACCACCCUGAAGAACCGAGAGGCUUCCCUAGGAGAAGCCAGCAAGCUGCAGCAGUUCCUGCGGGACUUGGAUGACUUCCAGUCGUGGCUCUCCAGGACCCAAACAGCCAUCGCCUCCGAGGACAUGCCCAAUACCCUGACCGAAGCCGAGAAGCUUCUCACACAGCAUGAAAAUAUAAAAAACGAGAUUGACAACUACGAGGAGGACUACCAGAAGAUGAGGGACAUGGGUGAGAUGGUCACCCAGGGACAGACCGAUGCCCAGUACAUGUUUCUGCGCCAGCGGCUACAGGCCUUGGACACCGGAUGGAAUGAGCUCCACAAAAUGUGGGAGAACAGGCAAAACCUCCUCUCCCAGUCCCACGCCUACCAGCAGUUCCUUCGGGACACGAAGCAAGCCGAAGCCUUUCUUAACAACCAGGAGUAUGUUUUGGCUCAUACUGAAAUGCCCACUACCCUGGAAGGAGCUGAAGCAGCUAUUAAAAAGCAAGAGGACUUCAUGACUACCAUGGAUGCCAAUGAGGAGAAGAUCAAUGCUGUUGUGGAGACUGGCCGGAGGCUGGUAAGCGAUGGGAACAUCAACUCAGAUCGCAUCCAAGAGAAAGUGGACUCCAUUGAUGACAGACACAGGAAGAAUCGUGAGGCAGCCAGUGAACUUCUGAUGAGAUUGAAGGACAACAGGGAUCUUCAGAAAUUCCUCCAAGAUUGUCAAGAGCUUUCUCUCUGGAUCAAUGAGAAGAUGCUUACAGCCCAGGACAUGUCUUAUGAUGAAGCCAGAAAUCUGCACAGUAAAUGGUUGAAGCAUCAAGCAUUUAUGGCAGAACUUGCAUCCAACAAAGAAUGGCUUGACAAAAUUGAGAAGGAAGGAAUGCAGCUCAUUUCAGAAAAGCCUGAGACAGAAGCCGUGGUGAAGGAGAAACUCACUGGUUUACAUAAAAUGUGGGAAGUCCUUGAAUCCACCACCCAGACCAAGGCCCAGCGGCUCUUCGAUGCAAACAAAGCUGAACUUUUCACCCAGAGCUGCGCAGAUCUGGAUAAAUGGCUGCAUGGCCUGGAGAGCCAGAUCCAAUCUGACGAUUAUGGCAAAGACCUUACCAGCGUCAACAUCCUGCUGAAAAAGCAACAGAUGCUGGAAAACCAAAUGGAAGUACGGAAGAAAGAGAUUGAGGAGCUCCAGAGCCAGGCCCAAGCGCUGAGUCAGGAAGGGAAGAGCACCGAUGAGGUAGACAGCAAGCGCCUCACCGUGCAAACCAAGUUCAUGGAGCUGCUCGAACCCUUGAAUGAAAGGAAGCAUAAUCUGCUGGCCUCCAAAGAGAUCCAUCAGUUCAACAGGGACGUGGAGGAUGAGAUUUUGUGGGUUGGCGAGAGGAUGCCUUUGGCAACUUCCACCGAUCAUGGCCACAACCUCCAGACUGUUCAGCUGCUAAUAAAGAAAAACCAGACUCUCCAGAAAGAAAUCCAGGGGCACCAGCCUCGCAUCAAUGACAUCUUAGAGAGAAGCCAAAACAUCGUCACUGACAGCAGCAGCCUCAAUGCUGAGGCCAUUAGACAGAGGCUCGCCAACCUGGAGCAGCUGUGGAGGCUCCUCUUUGAGGAGACAGAGAAACGCCACCGGCGGCUUGAGGAGGCACACAAGGCCCAGCAAUACUACUUUGAUGCAGCUGAGGCCGAAGCAUGGAUGAGCGAGCAAGAGCUGUACAUGAUGUCUGAGGAGAAGGCCAAGGAUGAGCAGAGUGCUGUCUCCAUGUUGAAGAAACACCAAAUUUUAGAACAAGCCGUGGAGGACUACGCUGAGACAGUACACCAGCUCUCCAAGACAAGCCGGGCACUGGUGGCUGACAGCCAUCCUGAAAGUGAGCGCAUUAGCAUGCGGCAGUCCAAAGUGGAUAAGCUGUAUGCUGGCCUGAAGGACCUUGCUGAAGAGAGGAGAGGCAAACUGGAUGAGAGGCACAGGUUAUUCCAGCUCAACCGGGAGGUGGAUGACCUGGAGCAGUGGAUUGCUGAGAGGGAGGUGGUCGCAGGGUCCCAUGAACUGGGGCAGGACUACGAGCAUGUCACUAUGUUGCAAGAACGAUUCCGGGAAUUUGCUCGAGACACAGGGAACAUUGGGCAGGAACGUGUGGACACUGUCAAUCACAUGGCAGAUGAUCUCAUCAACUCUGGACACUCGGAUGCUGCCACCAUCGCUGAAUGGAAGGAUGGCCUUAAUGAAGCCUGGGCUGACCUUCUGGAGCUCAUUGACACGAGAACACAGAUUCUGGCUGCCUCCUAUGAACUGCAUAAGUUUUAUCAUGAUGCCAAGGAGAUCUUUGGGCGUAUCCAGGACAAACACAAGAAACUCCCUGAGGAGCUUGGGAGAGAUCAGAACACCGUGGAGACCUUACAGCGAAUGCAUACCACCUUCGAGCAUGACAUCCAAGCUCUGGGCACUCAGGUGAGGCAGCUGCAGGAAGAUGCAGCUCGCCUCCAGGCAGCCUAUGCAGGCGACAAGGCUGACGAUAUCCAGAAGCGUGAGAACGAGGUCCUGGAAGCCUGGAAGUCCCUGCUGGACGCCUGCGAGGGCCGCAGGGUGCGGCUGGUGGACACUGGGGACAAGUUCCGCUUCUUCAGCAUGGUGCGGGACCUCAUGCUCUGGAUGGAGGAUGUCAUCCGGCAGAUAGAAGCCCAGGAAAAGCCAAGGGAUGUAUCAUCUGUUGAACUGUUAAUGAAUAAUCAUCAAGGUAUCAAAGCUGAAAUUGAUGCUCGCAACGACAGUUUCACAACCUGCAUUGAACUUGGGAAAUCCUUGCUGGCUAGAAAGCACUAUGCAUCUGAGGAGAUCAAAGAAAAGUUACUACAACUGACAGAAAAGAGAAAAGAAAUGAUUGACAAGUGGGAAGACAGAUGGGAAUGGUUAAGACUGAUUUUGGAGGUCCAUCAGUUCUCAAGGGACGCCAGCGUGGCCGAAGCUUGGCUGCUCGGACAGGAGCCAUACCUAUCCAGCCGCGAAAUCGGCCAGAGCGUGGAUGAGGUGGAGAAGCUCAUCAAGCGCCAUGAGGCAUUUGAAAAGUCUGCAGCUACCUGGGAUGAGAGGUUCUCCGCCCUGGAAAGGCUGACAACAUUGGAGUUACUGGAAGUGCGCAGACAGCAAGAGGAAGAGGAGAGGAAGAGGCGGCCACCUUCUCCAGAGCCAAGCACAAAGGCUUCAGAGGAGGCCGAGUCCCAGCAGCAAUGGGAUACUUCAAAAGGAGAGCAAGUUUCCCAGAAUGGUUUGCCAGCUGAGCAGGGAUCGCCACGGGUUAGUUACCGCUCUCAAACCUACCAAAACUACAAAAACUUUAAUAGCAGACGGACAGCCAGUGACCAGCCGUGGUCUGGAAUGUGAAGCUCACUACCAUUUGUCAAGAAACCACUUUUUCCAGAUCCUGUUGGUUUUGACUUUUUUUUUUUUUUCUUUUUGGCUUCCACUUCAUCCAAAGUGUUAAAAGUUUUACUUAAUUCAUAGCCUUUUGUGAUUUCAUAUAUGUUUGCAUUUAAUUCAUGUUUAUUUGAGUCUCCUAACUGAUGGAUGCUCAGUGCCUUAAAGCAGCAUACUUACUUUUUGUUUAUUUAUUGUGAGCUUUCUACUUUAUUAAGAUUUUACAGCAAAAGCCUUACAUGAGUAAUUGAAAUUAAAUGAGAUUACAGCCUUAAGAAGAAAACUAGAAUCUUAACAGGUACGGCAUAUCCAAUUAUACUAACAAGGCACAGUACUAUGCUACAGGUACUGUGCCACUUACAGAUGCUAUUAACCUGCAAGUUUAUCCUAGUAACCAGGAAGCUGGUAUAUAAGGAAGGAUAUGUUGAGUAGCGAGAUCAAAACUUAGUGUCAGCUGUGUAACAUUCCAAGAAGGAUGCAUUAUUUCAUUUCAUUGAAGAUGAUGGGGGUGGGAAAAGGACCUUGGAUCUUCUCAGGAAACUGUUUAACUUCUCAGUACAGGAUUGCAAAAUUUUGAGGACCUGGGGUCAUUUAUUUUUACAAACCAAUUGCUCUCUGACUUUUUUCUGCCAAGUCCCUAGUUGAGAACCAUAGGCUUCCUUGCAGCCCACAUUGCUGCCAGCCUUGGAAGUAAAUUGCCCACUGACUGCUGCCACCUCUGUCCUGGUCACUGUCAGCCCUGACCAGUCAUGGCAAGUUUAUGGCAGCUCACAGAAUUCUGGAAGCCUGCCUUACCAGACUUCCUGCCCUCUCUGUUCAAUGACUUCGGGGUGUCAAAAUGAAUUUCCCAAACAAAUGGAACAAAAGCCAUUCUGGUUCAUCCUGAUUACUUGAACGACACACCACAGGCCCCGUGCCAGGGAGCACUUGUGAGCCUCCUGGCUUCAGAGGUCACUUCCGUGUCUGCGAAUAGAAACUUAGUGGUACAGCUCGAGUGAAUCUUCUGAUUCAUUUGUUUUCUCAAGACUCUUUGUGUGUGUGUGUGUGUGUGUGUGUGUGUGUGUGUGUGUGUGUAACUCUCUAAUGAGUCUUCUAAGAUGGUAUGUUACCAGGCCACCAGCAGGGAUUGAAAAUGUUUUAACAGAAAUCCUUUUCCUUAGGAAUAAAAGCUGAUGAAAGAGGUGAUUUCCUGAUCAAAACAAAACAAAAUCCAUAUUGCAUCAAAGCCUUGUGAGACAUUCAUUUGCUCAUUUGCCAUAUUUAGAUGUGUUAGUGAAGUCAUAAACCUGUUUUGGUAUGUGUUCUCCAUGAGUUAAGUCUGAUUUGUCUUUUCAUUUCAUGAUGCAUGUCUUUUUUUUUUCUUUUGUCAGGAUAACAUCAUAUAGCAUCUUGUUUGUUUUUCCUUAUUUCUAUGUACAUAUCUAUCUACUUGUAACCGUAGAUGGGUAUAUAGAUAGAUGCCAAGCUUCUUAUGUUCUGGGGGUAGUGUUCUCCAUUAUUGGGUCUCUGCCUUAAAACACAUCCAAAUUUAUCAUGGGGGGAAAAAAACUUGCUUUGAUCAUUAAGGAGCCCUAAAUCAUAUGUUUCUGGCCCCAAAUUACAUUUUGUGUAUCAUUGAUCUAUACGUAUAUGUGAUGUUACCAUAUAUGUGUGUAUGUGUGUGUGUUUAAAUUUUGUAUCAUCCAGAUUUAUGGCUCAAUUUUAAUGUUUUUUAUACUCAAAAGACAGAUUAAAACUCCACAUACACACAUGAGAAAAGAGUGCUAUGUUGCUUUUGUAGCCUUUGCUCUCAUGCCUAUUUUUAACCUAGAUUUUAAAUGAUAGCUUGCCAGAACCAAAUUGUAAUUAACAAUAGGAUCAUAUUAGAAGAAGAAAAGACCAUUUCAUUCUUUGGAGUGAUGAUGCAGAGACUCAAGUUAAUGAACUUGAAAGUGGUGUUGCUUCAUGCACUUUGAAAAUCGAGCAGGAGUUUCCUGUGCUACUAGUUGUCACAUUGCAUUUUCUGUUCACCUCCCGAUUUAAACAUCUCAGAUGUGGCCAACCACUAAAGCACUGUGGACUAAUGCUGGAAAGCCCUGGGGUGGGCGAGGGGGGUCGUGUCCACAUGUACUGCUGUUUGAUCAUAGCACCAUGAUUUGCUUUUGAUGUUUGUCUCCAGUGGUGUGUUGUCUGUUGGCAUGCUUAAGGCACAUGUCCAUUAAAAUUCAUUUUGUUCCUUUUAUUUUCCUUGUUUUCUUGGUUAGUGACUCAUUUGCAUAAACAUUAAUUACCUCUUGCAUACUGGUUUGGGGUUUUCUCUUUCCCUCUAACUCUUAAAGAAAAAAUUUUUGCUGCAGAAUUUCUCUCAGAAGAGCUUUCCCUGGACCCUCCUUCCCUUGAAGUCGAUCAAGUCUGAUAAACUGUAGCUUUUUUCAGAUAAAUGUCUCUCCCCAGGUGAUCACUAGCAUUAGUGGCUUUCAAGCCAAACCUGCAGCACGAAAUUUUUUUUUAACUUGGUUUCUGUACAUCCUAACUAACCCCUUGUCUCUCUGGACUCACACUUUCUACACCAAACUCACUUCUCACCACAAAUUUCCUGAGAUCUCAUACUAGAAGAGAUUUGUCAACUAUAAAAUCCACUCAUAUUCUUUCAGUUCAGAGUUUGCUUUUUAGUUGUUAUUAUUUCCUUUCAUACAACUCUCUCCUAAAAGUGAAAGAGAAGCCAGGCACAGUUGAAAGGCUGAGGCAAUAACAUUGGGAGUCUGAACCCAAUCUAGACUUAAGUAAUAAGACAAUUUUCUCUCCCCAAAAAGUGGUAAAAAGGGGGGGGUGGGGGUAUAACAGCUUCUGGUCUGUAAGCACAUCUCUAUAGGCUGACAUACAAUAAAGCCAAGAUAAUAUCACACCCACAUACACACACACACACACACACACACACACACACACACACACACUCUUACCUUUCUUCCCUAAUGUUUUCUACAUCAUUAUGACAGCAAAGAAUUCCAAUCAAAACACCUUAAAUUGCACAGCCUCUAGCCACACCCUAAAUCUUAAUGUCAGUUACAAUGUCUUGCACAAACUAGUGACUCUCCACCCCUUCCUAAGUUUUCACCAUCCCCCUUUCCCAGAAAAUGGAUUUUGUUUAAAAUCAAGCUUUGGACUCAGCCAUCUAGAUUUAAAAAAAAAAAAAAACCU